AUGACAUUUGUGCGGCCGCCUUCUGGCUAUGCAUCCCCGGCCUUUGCCGGCAGCGCCGGCUUCUCCUCUCCAGGCUUUGGGUCUCCGCCGAUGCUGAGGCCGACUGUUCGUGGGGACCGGGCAAGCCGCGGCAGCCUGCACAGUGCGCCGAGCACGCUGGGCGUGCCGAGCGCGAGCGCACCCCUUGGGGCCUCCUACAGCCUCACGAGCCUGGUCUCCUCGGACAGCGGGCCGGGUGCCAGGGCUCCUCCGCGCACUGCGGGUUCAGUGCUCGGACAGGGCCAGGUCUUACAGGCUCCCCAGGCAUUUCAGCCGCCGCAUCCCGCACCCCAAAUUCAGCUUCCCGUCCAGAUCGCCCAGCCGCUCAUCGCGCCGCAAGUGCCGCAGGCGGAGCAGGUCCUUGUUCCGCCGCUGGAUGCAGGGCAUCCGCAAAAGGCGCAUCCGGUACCGCUGUUUGGAAGGACCAUGCGAUCCUCCCCAGGCUCGUCCACCACGUCUUUGCACAGUGCGCCUCGAGAGCCGGUGAUACCCGCACCUGUUGCGAAUGUUGCGAAGCCGAUGUGGGUGAUCGAGGAGGUCAUCGACUUUGGUGUCGAGGAGAGGGAGGAAGAUCCAGAUCAGGACGACUUCGGGCGUGUUUGUCAAUCAAGGUUCUUUCCCGAGUCGCUGUUGGAAGGCUGCAUGCUGUGGAAUUGCAGCGAGGAGGACGAGUUCCGCAGACACCGGGAAGCUGAGCAAUGA